AUGUUACGUAUAACAAUCAGAAAUUUGCGACAGCGAGCAUUCUUCCAUCGUAGUUUCGAACAUAUCAGCUUGCCUGAUCUUCAUUCCUCUGCUCAAAAUGAUCAAACCAAUUGCUAUUGUCAAGAAGUAAACGCAAGAUUGCCCUCAAAAACAGAUCCAAUAGAUCCUCACAUUAAGCUCCCUCACAGAACGCCCAAUUACAAUAAACAUGUUCUACUUUUAUCACCAGGUGAUAAGUUUUCUCAGCCAUGGAAAGUAGCAUGGAAUCAUAAUCUGGAUACAAAUAUAAAUCGGCCAUAUAAUGCAAUUAGUAUGUUACGCUCCUACUUAGGUGAUUCUCCGGGAAUAUUAAUAAAUGCAGUGCAUUUGCAAAAUGAAUUUAUUCCAAGACCAAAUGAGGACGAUGAAUGGUUCUAUUUUUUUGUUAUUCCUGACAUGAAGCUCUAUGUAAUUAAGGAAACGGACAUCGAGGAAUUUGCUUCGUUCCUAAAUGAAGGAUUUAUUCAAGCACCAAAGCUAUCUUUCCAAGAUUAUUUAAGUGGUAAGGCCAAGGUCUCCCAACAGGUUCCUCAAGUGCAUCAUAGGAAGUUUACUAGGUUUCAGGGUGAAACCUUUCUUAGGGAUUGGAGCUUAGUUUGCGGGCACUAUAAGAGAGAUGCUAAGUGCGGAGAAAUGGGACCCGACAUAAUUGCAGCAUUUCAAGAUGAAAAGAUUUUACCUGACAAUAACCUAGCUUUAAUUUCUCAUAUUGGUGGUCAUAUUUUUGCUGGAAACGUCAUUUUUUACAAGCUAUUCGACAGAGGAAAGACGCAAAACAAGCUGGACUCAUUGUGGUUUGGUAAAGUUUACCCACACAAUUUGAAACUUCUAUGUGAAAACUUGGAAAACGGUAAAAUCAUCGAUGAAAUGUACAGAGGUGGUAUAUCGAUGGAGUAA